CAAUGGCUCUCAUGAUUCCCGCCUGCACAGCGGCCGUCGAAAUCGUUUGUGCUUGGACGCGCAGUUUGACACGCGUUGUUUAUUCAGGAGAUUGAUUUGUUGGAGUGAAAAGUUGUGAACUGAAAUGACUGACAUAGAAAAUGAUCGGAUUUGUUUGUUAAAGCGGUUAAAGUCGUACAUAACCGUCGAGCCGGUUAUGAUAUUCUUCAUACUUGGCGUUGUGUCAUCUACCGGUUUAAAAGUUUUCGAGUACGAAAAGGCAUGUGCUACCAAGCUGAAUGUCGAUCUCAGUGUUUGUGAAUUUUUCGCUCAACUAGAGGAUAAUAACAUAUGUGACUCUAUUGAAGGUUCAAACUUUACAUCGGAGCAAACUUCCAGCCGAAAUGAUUUGGUUUAUGAUGAUUAUAACUUGGAUAAGCACACAUCGAAGUUGCUAUUUAGUCAGGCUGUUUGUACCGCCAAGACCGCUGCCACCAACGAAAUUGCUUUCCUGAACUCGUACCGAAGCAUCAUCACUGGCCUGGUGCAGGCGGUGGUGCUCAUCUUUGCAGGUAGCUGGAGUGAUCGGGUGGGAUUAAGGAAGCCUUGUUUGCUAAUACCGAUAGUAGCUGACAUCCUCAGUUUUAGUGUUCUCAUUACGUGUGCCAUAUUUAUGCGGCAAAUAUCGCUUGAGAUCACUGGUAUACUACCGAAUCUGAUAACGUCGCUAGGUGGAGGUGCUCCGUUGGCGGUGACUGGAAUCUACAGCUACCUGACGGUUUGUACGAACGAGAAGGAUCGUACUUUCCGAUUUGCCUGUGCAGCAGUGGUUAUUGCCAUUGUACCCAUUGUGGCCAAUUUUUUCAGUGGAUUUCUGUACAAAUUUCUAGGAUUCAUUAAACUUUGUAUAAUGUGUAUUAUAUCGAAUACUAUAGGUUUGCUCUACGGACUAUUCAUUCUUAAGGAACCUAUCGAAAGUAAAAUUUCAACUGAAGAUCCGAAUGAUAAUAAAAACAUGUCACUGAACCACCAAGACGCAAAGUAUUCAAAAUCACUGGGAAAACUGUUCGAUCUGACACUGGUAGUUGAUUGCGUAAGGAUGAUUAUCAGAAAACGCAAUAUCAAUCGUAGAACCACAUUGAUUUUGACGUUGGUGGUAUAUUUCAUAAAUCACGGUGCUUACGGAGAUUUCGAAACUGCAGCCAUUUUGGCAUAUUUGAAGUUCAAUUGGAUUACACAUUUGGGCACGUGGAUUUCAUACGACUUGCUGACCACUCUGCUAGGCACCCUGUUGGCGAUGGGGGUGUUGAGUAAACGAUACGGCGUUCCUGAUUUCCUCAUCUGUGUGUUUUCGGUGUGUUUUACUCUGCUCGCAAAACCAAUUAUGGCAUAUGCAGUGAGUGCAGUAAAACCCUACCUGUACUAUGUGGCUACGUCGAUCGAUGUGUUCGAAGGAAGCAAAACGGUGGCCAUCCGCAGUAUCGUCUCAAAGCUGGUGGAACAGGAUGAAAUCGGGAAAAUGCUUGCCAUCAUGGGAAUUGUCGAUUCCGCCCAGGUGGUGAUAUUUCCAACGCUCUACAGUGCAGUAUAUCUGAAGAGUCAGGAGUUUUUCAUCGGCACCGUGUUUCUGGUGAGCGAAGCGUUCCUUCUACUCUCGCUGGGAUUUUAUCUGUUCCUGUUUACAUUGUUCCAGAAUUCGCAGAAGAUGAAGGCAGCUCACACAAAGGAAGGUGUGGACAAUCCUGCGAUAGAAAUAACAUCAUUGUAAAUAAAGAAUAUGGAUAAAUGUAAAUAUACUAAACUUUCCUAAAUAAGAAUCCAAAAGAAGUAAAGCUUAUUGUGAUUUCCCUUCUUGAAAGAAUAUUGAAUUCGUCGUUCCUAC